AUAAUUAGUGUCACAAUCAAAAGCGUGUCCCUCACGUCAGAGUGUGAAGGGGCUUGCCCAUAGGAACCAAUGUUGUUUGUUGUUGCUAACCGGUGAAAUAGUCCGGACGGAUUUAGCUCAAUGAUCACGUACUAGCAAUCUUAGCAUUAGCUGAGGCGAAACUAUUUGCAUAUGCACUCGUACAUGAGAGGCGGUGCAUGUGUUUUCAAAGUGUCCAUUAAAGUAUUAUUUCUUGCCAUAUGUCCGCUGGUCGUAUUAUCGGUUUGGCAUCAUAUGUUAUUGUUUGUUUUAGCCACGGUAGCAUCAUCUGCGGUUUCGUGGCGGAACGUUGGUUGACGUUGGCUACCGGUAGACACAAGGCUUCACAAUAACAACACAUCUUGAACACUGGCGGUGCACUUGUUGUCGUAAUGCGCUGAUCCUUUAGCAAAGUGAGGGUGCUACACUGAAAGCAAGACAGUAGCGCCAGUCGCAGUCCAAGCAGCCGGAUCACCUCAGGCCCGCGGGAUGGCUGCUGCAGGACGGGCAGCCGGACCCGGUUCCUCCAACAAGGCUCGCAUAGAUCUGUACAGCGACCUGAAUCAAAACGACGAAGAUUUGGACAGAAUUGCCGAAGCAAAUGAACUUUUUGAUGCUGUUCUGACUGGCUCAGUCGAUCGGGACAAAACGGUUACAAAUGUGACGCCUCCUAAAGAGACAACAGCUAAAGAGGAGGAUAAAUCAACAGUGAAAAGUCAGAAAGGAGGGAACUCACUGAGGAGACUGUCUUUGUAUAUUGGAAAUUUCUCAUGGUGGACAUCCGAUAAGGACCUCAUGAGCAUGGCUCAAACGUUGGGUGUGAAAGACAUCACAGAGAUCAAAUUUGCUGAAAACAGAGCUAAUGGCCAGUCAAGGGGCUAUGCAGAAGUGGUGGUAACCUCAGAAGAGUCGUUGAAAAUAUUGUUGGAAAAAAUACCCCAAUGUCAACUUAAUGGGGAAAGGAUAGACUGCCGGUUUGCCACUCGCCAGAACCUCACUGUGUUUGAGGAUGCAGCAAAUAAACGUAUACCCAUGCGGCUUAAUUCCAAAGAUCCCAAGGAGUCCGAUUCUUUGGAAAAAAUCCCCUCAUUAUUAUCACAGGAGCCCAGCCCUCCCCCUAUACUUCCACUUUUUCCAUCACAUCCCCUUGCAAACAGGUUUCCCUCAUUACCAAUGCCUUGCUUUGGCCAGCCACCUCCUCCCUUCCCACAUAUGCCGCCAAACAUCCCUCCGCCCCUGCCACCCCCCUUGUUCCCCCCUCCUCCAGUCCAUGCUCCAAGCCAGCCUUCUCCCAGUCUGCAUAUAAAUCCAACUUUCUUCACCCCAGCACAAGACGGGCACAGCAGCAAUGCCUACAGCCAACAAAAACACACACCUCAAAGUACAGACAGAGAUUUCGAGGAGCUGAUGAACAGAAACAGAGCUGUUGCCAGCAGUGCCAUCACCAAGGCUGUGUCUGGAGCAACAGCUGGAGACUUGCGGGUGGCCAUGGAGACUCUAUUAACUGCCAUUGCCAUCAUUAAGCAGUCCAGAGUGUAUGGAGAUGAACGCUGCCAAGCCCUGGUCACCUCACUCAAAGACUGUCUAGUCUCUAUCCAGGGCAACUACGGCUACAGGAGUAGCAGUCGUUCUGGGGACGAAGAAAGAGACCGGGACAGGGGUCGGGACAGAGAGCGAGAUCGUGACAGAGAACGUGACAGAGAAGAUUCUUCCGGUUGGGACGGUGCGGGAAUGUCUCGAAGACGCAGAGAUCGCGGGGAUAGGGAUAGGGAACGCUCACGGGAACGAGAAAGGCACAGAGACCACAGAGACAGAUACCGCUAACUUGACUGUCGGAGUGUAGCAGAACGAAGACAGGACUUCUUUUUUUUUUUUAUUUCUGCACCAAGCUGUAUAAAAACCUGGAGAAUUCUAAGGUGGGACUGAAGCUGUAUCUCCUAAAGUCGGUGUACUUUUUUGUUCUCCAGUCGUCUGUACAUACUGGGACUUUUACCUGCUAUAGAAAAAAAAAAUAAAUGUGGUUGUAGAUUUGUUGCUGGAACAUGAGAUUCCAAUGCUCGCAUGCGCAGGAACACCUCUUAAAACCGUGUAAAUGUAAUGCAGUGUAAUGUUUUCACUUUCUUUUGUAUUAAAUCUACAAAUUAAAAAAACAUUCCCCA